UUUUUCAUUCACCACUUCUGCUCUAACAAACAAAGCAUAACAUUAAUCUUUGAUAAAUAAUCUCUUAGCUUUAAACUAUUCACUUCUAAAGAUGGGUGAUAUUUUAGAUAGCAAUGAUGUGGUUUUGAAGGUAGAUGAUUCAAUCAUUGAAGAUAGUGUUCCUCUUUUGCAGAAGUUGGUAGCAGAGGUGGUGGGAACAUUCAUGUUGAUAUUUGUUGGUUGUGGUGUAGUGGUGACGAACCUUAACAAUGAUAAUGUAGUGACACUUCCUGGUGUUGCAAUUGUUUGGGGACUUGCUGUUAUGGUAUUGGCCUAUUCUCUCGGUCACGUCUCUGGUGCUCAUUUCAAUCCUGCUGUCACCAUUGCUCAGGCUUCCACCAAAAGAUUUCCUGUCCAACAGAUACCAACUUAUAUAAUUGCUCAGCUCUUUGGAUCAAUACUUGCAAGUGUUGUUCUUAAAGUUAUAUUCAGUGACAAGGAAAAUCGUUUUGUAGGAACACUUCCAGCUGGUUCUAACCUCCAAGCUUUUGUGGUCGAAUUUCUAAUCACUUUCUUACUUAUGUUCGUUAUUUCUGGAGUUGGCACUGAUAACAGAGCGGUUAAUGAAUUGGCUGCACUUGCAGUUGGAUCUACAGUGCUACUAGUUGUGUUGUUUGCUGGGCCAAUCACAGGAGCAUCAAUGAAUCCAGCAAGAAGCUUAGGGCCAGCUAUUGUGCACCAUGAAUAUAGAGGAAUAUGGAUAUAUUUGGUGUCACCUAUUCUAGGAGCUUUGGCCGGUACAUGGACAUAUACUUUCAUUAGAUACACAAACAAACCAGCAACAAUCCCCAAGAGUGCUUCAUUCCUCAAAGGAGCUUAAUGAUUAUAAAUCAAUUCAAAUUCAUUUUUUUGUUUUAAAUAUCACAAUGUAUUAAAGUCUAAGUGUAUGAUACAAUCAGUACUUUGGUGUGACAAAAAGCCCAAUUGUACAUAUAAUUAAAGGAAAUGUAAAGUGUUGUACAAUUUCUCAUUAUUUAUGCCUUAACCAACUAUGCAUUAUGUUGGUUUUUAAUUAAAUU